AUGUCGCAAAUGUUCCGCAAGUUGCAGGGAGGCAACCUCGAAGUCCUCAAGUUCGGGAUGUACGUCCUCUUCCCCAUCGGCUGGAUGUACUAUUUCGGUACCAACCUCGACGACCGCUUCGCCACAAAGGGCUUCUGGCCCACUGCCGAGCAAUCGCACAAGAUUCCGCUGGAUAAGGAGGAGAUUGACCAGGAAUUGGCACGUAUGCGCAUGGUGGAUGCCAUAAAGCGGGAGCAGAGACAGGCGGCGGAGGCACAGGCUCAAGCGCAAGCACAGGUGCAGGCACAGCUCCAGGCAACCGAGAGUCAGCAAUGA